UACUAUGAAGUUAUCCGCCUCUGCUGUGACGUCACUACAUCUCUUCGCCCAGCUGUCAUCGUCGGUUUGUGUUCACCGACAUUAGACUUUUGUCACAAACUCUUUGUCUCGCUCAUUAAAUCCCAGUGCUCUGCUCUGAGAGACAAUGCCAGGCUUUUCAGACAGAGACCGUGGCAGGGACAGAGGGUAUGGUGGGGGACCUCCUCGUUUUGGAGGCGGUGGCAGAGGUGGACCUCCCCCUGCAAAGUUUGGCAACCCCGGUGACAGGCUAAGAAAGAGGCACUGGAACCUUGAUCAACUUCCGAAGUUUCAAAAGAACUUCUACCACGAACAUCCAGACACCAGCCGGAGAUCUCUUCAAGAGGUUGAGCAGUACAGAAGAAGUAAAGAAGUUACGGUCAAAGGCGGAGAUUGCCCCAAACCAAUCGUAAAGUUCCAUGAAGCAGCUUUUCCAAGCCACGUCAUGGAUGUCAUUGUAAAGCAGAACUGGGUGGAACCAACCUCCAUCCAAGCUCAGGGCUGGCCAGUGGCUCUUGGUGGCAAAGACAUGGUUGGCAUCGCUCAAACCGGCUCUGGGAAAACCCUGGCAUACCUUCUACCCGCUAUUGUGCACAUCCAACAUCAACCCUUCCUGGAGCAUGGCGAUGGUCCUAUUUGCUUGGUGUUGGCGCCGACCCGCGAGCUUGCUCAGCAGGUGCAGCAAGUUGCCGCUGAGUAUGGCAGGGCCUCACGUCUCAAGAGCACCUGCAUCUAUGGCGGGGCCCCCAAAGGGCCACAAAUGAGGGAUCUGGAGAGAGGGGUGGAGAUUUGCAUCGCUACGCCUGGUCGUCUCAUUGACUUCCUGGAGUGCGCAAAAACUAAUUUGCGCCGCUGCACCUAUCUGGUGCUUGACGAGGCCGACCGCAUGCUUGACAUGGGAUUUGAACCGCAGAUACGCAAGAUUGUGGAACAAAUCCGACCAGACCGUCAGACCCUGAUGUGGAGCGCCACAUGGCCCAAAGAAGUCCGGCAGCUGGCCGAGGAUUUCCUGAAAGACUAUGUGCAGAUCAACGUUGGAGCGCUGCAGCUCAGCGCCAACCACAACAUCCUGCAGAUAGUGGAUGUCUGCAACGACGUGGAGAAGGAGGACAAGCUGAUGCGCUUGCUGGAGGAGAUCAUGAGUGAAAAAGAGAACAAGACCAUUAUAUUCGUGGAGACUAAAAGGCGCUGCGAUGAGAUCACCAGGAGGAUGAGAAGGGACGGUUGGCCAGCUAUGGGGAUUCACGGAGACAAGAGCCAGCAGGAGAGAGACUGGGUCCUGAAUGAAUUCCGAUACGGCAAAGCGCCGAUCCUCAUCGCUACGGACGUGGCCUCCCGUGGUCUAGAUGUGGAGGAUGUCAAAUUUGUCAUCAAUUAUGACUACCCUAACUCCUCCGAGGACUAUAUCCACCGCAUUGGACGCACGGCCCGCAGUCAAAAAACGGGCACGGCUUACACCUUCUUCACGCCCAACAACGGGAAGCAGGCCAGUGACCUCAUCUCUGUGCUGCGGGAGGCCAACCAGGCCAUUAACCCCAAGCUCAUCCAGAUGGCAGAGGACAGAGGAGGUCGCGGAAGAGGAGGACGAGGUGGCUACAAAGACGAGCGUCGAGAUAGGUACUCCGGAGGUGGGAGACGAGAUAACUUUGGUGGCGGUAGCUACAGGGAAAACGAUAGAGGGUUUGGAAAUGGGCCAAAGGGUGGCUUUGGGGGCAAGGUGCAAAAUGGCGGCGGCGGCGGCUACAGAGGCAACAGUGGUAGUUAUGGUCACAGUUACAGCAAUGGUGGUCAAGGCAGCUUUGGUGCGCCGUCCCAUCAGGGGGCUUCCUUUGGGAACCAAAGCUUUCAGGGGCCCCCUCACUUCGGGGCCAUGCAGAGGCCUGCCCAGAAUGGCAUGAAAAGCCCGUUUCCUUUUGCCUCUCAGCCCUCACUGGCACCCCCACCUCCACCUCCCAUGCCCUACCCCUUACCUCCACCCUUCCCACAGUAGAGGACAUCUUCUCUCUUUCUCUUCAUUCUAACAUGACAUUCUUCUUCUUCUUGUUAGGAACACUCUGGCUUUGCACUUCUUUUUAGUCUUACAUUCCUGUGCAUGGUACUGACUUUGUGCUAAACAUUGAUGGAAGUCAUGUGAGGAGUGUCUUCAAUGUGCAUCUGACCCUGUUUUACAAUAA